AAACUGGUUUCCUUUUGUCUCCUAGAGUCUAGGACUCUUUUGGCUGUACUAGGUGGCAUUAGUCCACGUCUCCUCUUUAUAUCUGUACUUCCAAGCCAUUGGCAGGAUAUCAAUGAAAUUAUGCAUCUCUAAGACUCCUUUCUCUUCUCUCCUUUUCUCUGUGACUUCCUCUUAACCAGUUUGGUUCUACCAAUUCCCGUCUAUUCUUCGUCGGUGGCCUUACUGUAAGAGGAGGAUGGGACGGCAAAGUCGAUAACAACGGAAUCCUCUACAUUGACUUGCAGCAGCGGAGCCCCAUCUCUUGGUCGAGAUUCGCAACUCAAGAUUUCAAAUAUGUGAGAGCGGCGGUGGUUUCCGAUGACGGCGAUUGGAUCUACUUGUUGACGGCAGAUAGAGUGCUCCGCGUCAACUGCCACCACUUGGAAGACAAACCGGAAGCCUUUCCCCUCCCAUUCGCUUGGUGGCCAAUUGCUUCAACUAGGUCCAAGAUGCUCCUGUAUAAUCUUGCUCGGAAGGACAAGCCGGGUCAGUUGGGCUUCCGUCAUUUGGAAUCUCGCUCUUGGGAGGAGAUCUGUAGUUUUCCCGUUGACAACGAUCCCUUCUUAUGCUGGCGCUUCCCUAAGUGGUCCGCCACCGCUGUGCUAGCGCAAGACUUUGUGAUAGACUUUGGACGUUUCCAUCCCAGGAUUGGGAUUUAUGGUCCGGCUUUGUAUGUUUUUGAUAUCCGUAACAAUGUAUGGCUCCCCGAACCAGUUCAGGGACUCUCAAACGAUGGCAUCGUCCUUCCCGACGUGAAGAGUGAAUGGCUUGUCUCUUACACAGCGCUGAUGCAAGUCAGGGAAGAUGAACUCAAGUUUGCUUUGGUUUGGUCCAAACUCUGUAACGCCGACGAUGAUCAGACUGAAGUUCAUUGGUCUAAGUUCAUACUCCGCAUCCAAAAUAAUGAUGAUGACCAAGACGUUCCCCUGCCCUUCGAAGCUGUUGACUUGUCUUCUGGAAUCUGUUAUGGUGGCAAAUACUCUUUUGAUCAAGAGCACCGUUGGAUGAUAAGAGUAUGUUGUUCAUCUUUAUCAAGAUGUUUAGCAAGUUGCGAGAGGAAAAUGAUAGGCUGGCUGAUAUUGAAAAGAAGAAGCUUGAAGAGGAAGCCAUGAAAGAGCGAUUUGUAGCUAAUUCAUCUGCAAAGAAGAUUAUGUGGAU